CUAAGAUUUCACUUCAUGUAAGGCAAACAGGUGAAACUUCCCUAAAUGGACACCUGCCAUUUAUUAUAGGGUAAUACCAUUUUUUAUUUACUCUGUAAGAGCACUAGGUACCUGCACUACGGAAAUGCUGCCCUGUUGCUCUACAGAUGACGACGACCAGAUCAGGGUGAACAUAGCAAUAGAAAGACAACUUCAAAUUGACAAGCAAAAAUCUAAGAACAUCAUGAAGAUCCUCUUUUUAGGGACGGCAGAAAGCGGGAAGAGCACUUUUAUCAAACAGAUAAGGAUCCUCCAUGGCAGCGGCUACACCGAAGCUCAAAGAAGAGCCUUUGCUCGCUUGGUGAGCCAGAACGUCGUCACCGCCAUCCAAAAACUUGUCGAGGCCAUGGGUAUUCUCCACAUAAACUACGCCCACAACAGCAACAUUGAACUUGCAAAGAGGAUGAGUGAAGUCCAGUUUGAAAGAGUUGAAAAGUUGGAGGCGUGGCAGGUGGAUGCCAUCAGGAAGAUUUGGAACGAUCAUGGCAUUCAAAAGUGUUAUCAUCGCAGAAGACAAUUCCAGCUGUCUGACUCUGCUAAAUAUUACCUCACCGACUUGGACAGAAUCUCAGCCCCCAAUUACAUCCCCAAUGAGCAGGACGUUUUGAGGGUCCGUAUCCCAACCACGGGCAUCAUCGAGUACCCUUUUAAGAUCAAAGGAGCUACCUUCAAGAUGGUGGACGUGGGCGGUCAGCGUUCAGAAAGGAAGAAGUGGAUCCACUGUUUUGACAAUGUCAAGUGCAUUAUCUUCCUGGCCGCGCUCAAUGAUUACGAUCAGGUCUUUCUCGAUGAUCCGCAACAUAACCGAAUGGAGGAGAGUCUGGCUUUGUUCGAGACGCUAGUCACAGCCAAUUGGUUUACCCAAACCUCCUUCAUCCUCUUUCUGAACAAAACUGACUUGCUGGAGGAGAAAGUCUUAGAGUCGAAUGUGGUGGACCACUUCCCAAAUUACAGAGGGCCUCCACACAACGCCACAAAAGCAAGGGAGUUCAUCCUGGAGCUCUAUAAGAUGUUGCACAGGGGCCACCAAAAACAUCUCUACAUGCACUACACCUGCGCCACGGACACACAACACGCCAAAGCGGUCUUCAAAGACGUCCAGGACAUGCUCUUAAAUGAGAUCUUCAACUAGUCGUCGCACCAACACUCGGAGUGGACAUUGAGUGCUGUGUUGAGGCUCACGCCAACUAUGAGAUGCAGCCCGGCAGUCCCAGGAAAACCUAAAUGUACUCCCAAAUUGCAUUGCUUUGUUUAUUACUACCAGUAAACAAACGUGAUCGUAUUCGCAAGUAAGCGGGUGCUUAUGAAGCCAAAACACUGCCAGGAAGAUUUGGUAUUGAGAAAAAAAAUGACAUUGUGGAAAAAGUUGUAUUGGCACCAAAACAAGUUUUGGCAUUCCUCUUCUCAGCAUCUAUCCAUGUUUCCAAACACUUUGAAGGGUUAGUUGAAUUGUUACAAAAUGCUUCACGUUGUUGUAGUUAGCAUACACACUU